AUGUUAGUAAAGGAAGAGCCGCAGUGGAAUUACUCAGAUUCUAAUUUUUCGAUGUUUCCAGAACUCGAAGCGCUGGAUAACGAGUACCCAUUGCCAGCGGACGAUUUUUUACAAGCAUUGAGUUCUGACCUUGAGAUUCCACUACUUUUAAAUGGCGAAGGAUCGCCUGGUCGCGAUGAAAAAUUGGACAUCAAUAAUGUACCUAACAAUAUAAAACGCGAGCCAGAAAAUCCGCAUUUUCCUCCAUCACCAAGUCCCAGUCACUCGGAAUCAAGUAACGGCGGCUCUGAAUGGCAACAAGACAAUCAAUACAGCGUAGCAGCAUCAGAAAAAUUUAGUUUAGACACACCACCGAUAUCACCUCCAGAAACAGAUUCUCCGCCAGUGUCACCGCAACCAGAACCACAACAGCCAUCAGCUAAAUUGCCAGUACUUCAUCCGGUGAAAUUAAUUCCGUUGAAUGCCCAGGACGUUAAUUUGACCCAAAAUCGAGCUAAAUUUGUUCUCUCUAAAGGCAAUGCAGCAAAACGAGUGUGCAUUCAAACGAUAAAGCAAUCAACGCCUUCAUUUUCUUCCUCAACAUCAUCUUCAUCAUCAUCAUCCUCAUCAUCAUCUUCAUCGUCAUCGUCGUCAGUAUUAUCAAACGGCAAUGGCGAGCCGCGAAAAAUGAUAGUGCUUAGCGCUCAAGAUUUUGCGGCAUUAACUAAAAAUGUUUCUCAAAAUCAAUCACUAAGACCACCAUUAAAAAUUCAAACUCUGAAACGUAAACAAGAUAGCAACAUGAACAGCUUUAAUUUACAACCAACCGGUGAUUUGAAGCAAACAAUUGAAUUACCGCAAACAAACCACAUUAAAAUACUUAAUCCGAUACCAAACAUACCGGUUGUUAAAUCAGAACUGGUAAUAAAUGCUCCACUCGACCAUGAAGAUGUUAAAACAACAACACCGGCGUUAUCGGCUCAGCCAUGCACGCCGAUCGUUAUUAACCACGCUGCUCCAGCGAAUAGUCCGGCAAUAGCUCCGAUUUUGAUAAAAACUGAAAUGUCGGAUAUUAAUCACUUGACAGCGCGCCAAGAGUCAGAGUUAAAAGCGUUCAAGCGUCAGCAGAGGAUGAUUAAAAAUCGUGAAUCUGCUUGCUUGUCUCGCAAAAAGAAGAAAGAGUAUGUGACGUCUCUGGAGAGACAAAUUUCGGAUUUGAGAGACGAAAAUAAACAAUUAAGGAUGGAAAACUCAUUAUUGAGACAUCAAUUGAAAUUAAAUGAUGACAAUCAAUCGUUAUUUAGUUCAGAUAAAUUAAGCAGUUUAAAACAUGGAGUUAGUAAGAAAAAUACUGCGAUACUUUUAGCUGUUUGUUUAGUCUUGUCUAUAAACUUACCGGGGUUCAAUGGAAUAUUUUCCUCUGGCAAAAAUCAAUUAGACGUUUUAUCUAAUUCUAAUUCACCAGCUGUCGUACCAAAUGUCAGGCACGGCAGGUCUUUGUUGUGGUCCACUAAUAUAAAUAAUAAUAAUAUUAAUAAUGAUGAUGAUAAUAGUAUAGAAGAGGCUAAUACAACCUCGUCGCAUUUACCUAUGUGUCCAAUGCAUCCGAUGAUAAAUCAGACGGAAUCUAAGCGGCUUGAUUUUGAAUUAAGACGAUGGAUUGGAGAAGAUCGUGGUCAUGAAAAUUGGACCGAGUUGAAUGAUAAGCAGAAAAAAAUAAAAGCCAAGUCAGUCGGUGAAUUGUUAUUACCAAAAAUAAUAAAAAAUCUUGGCUCUGAUAAACUGAGAUCACUGUCAGCUAAAGAUGAAGAUUUAAAGUCGGGUGAUAAAGAAAUAACACCGGCGAAUAACAACGCGCUAAAAAUAUUCUCGCUGUUUGACGCAAUGGAAAAACGAGAUACGUUUUAUGUUAUUUGGUUCAGUGGUGAGCAUCUGUUGCUCUCGGCAAUGAGUCAAAAUAGCACAAAGAGACCACGUAUGUCCCUGAUAUUCCCCACAGAUUCGGUCAAUAGCUCUUUGGCUCCACCGCCGCCUAAUCACGUUACCAUGCGGCGUAUCGACUGCGAAGUCACUGAUACGCAAUUAGUACACUUGCCCGAGUCUAUUGUCGUCCAGUAUUUGAAGGAUAAUCGCAAAGCUCAGCCCAAGACUCGCAGCAAUCCAAGACCAUCCGGUAAUUUUAAUUUAACUAAAAAUUAUACUGCCAGUGAGUAUGAAAGCAAAGGUAAUAAUCAGUCUUAUGCUAUUAAAAAAGAACAGGGAUUCCCUAAUGAUACUCCGUAUUUAGUUAAAGAUAAAUUUAAUGACUUUUCGGUUAAUAAUCCCAAAAAUUUUGACUACGUACCAAAAAAUGUCGACUAUCCGGCUGAUGUUCCUUCUUAUGUUAAUAAUUUUAACAGAGAGUAUGUUAGGAGUGAUAAACAAUUACGGAAAAGACGAGGCUUGAAUCUCUAA